UUUCAAUUAUUCAAAUAGAUAAAUUUAAACAAAUAACAAACAUGUUAAAUUUUCAAUCAUUUUGUCUAAGACUUGUACUUAUCAGUUUUAUAUUUAAAUUGGUUACAUCGGAUGAUGAGUGCAACCAAAUUUCUGUUGAGGGCGGAGACGCUGUUAUUCAGAAACUAUUCAACGAUUUAAAUCUAAUAAAUACAACCAUACAGAAACUGAAAGAGCAAAGUGCUUAUAAUCAGGAACCUUGCCACUGUCAUAGCGAUGGGACAAUUAUGGACCUAGGAAUGUUUGAUAUGCGAAUUGAUAAUUUACCGAAAAAAUGCCAACGUAGUUCACUGCCCAGUGAUUGUACUGAGGCCACUAAAUGCACUCACCGCAGUGGCAUCUAUAAAAUCCAAGUACCCCACUACACUGGCCAACCAUUUUACGUUGAUUGUGAUGCAAAAACAGAUGGAGGCGGCUGGAUUGUUAUACAAAGACGCCAAGAUGGUUCCAUUGAUUUCUAUCGGGAUUGGCAUGCAUAUGAAAAGGGAUUUGGUAACAUAGAUGGUGAAUUGUUUAUCGGUUUACAAAAGUUGCAUGCUCUGACCAACAACAAUGGACCCCAGGAGCUAAUGGUUGUUAUGGAACAUGAGAAUGGGACAAAGGCCUAUGCCAAAUAUGAUGGCUUUGCAAUUGGAGAUGAUUCGCUAAAGUAUAAGUUAAAGAAAUUGGGAAAAUAUUCCGGAACAGCAGGAGACUCCCUUAAGCAUGUAGGUUAUAAGUUUACAACGAGGGAUCGUGAUAACGAUAUUAAAGUAAAUGGAAAUUGUGCUCAGCUUUAUAAAGGAGCUUGGUGGUAUUUUAGCUGUCAUUUUAGCAAUCUAAAUGGAGAGUAUGGGAAGAAAACCGAUGGCCAGGGUAUAAACUGGUCUACAUUUAGUGGCUACCAUACAUCUCUGAAAUAUGUCAAAAUGAUGAUACGUCGUCGUAGAUUUUAACAUAUAUUAAUAUAAUCUACACAUAAUUUUGAACAUUUGAAGAGCUUGUACGUUUUUAUAUUAAACUACCAAACCCGGUUUGCUACAUCUAUCAUAGUAAAACUAUGAAAUGAUUAAAAAAAAAAUAUUAGUUUAAUAACAUAGAA